AUGGCAGUUGAAACUUUAAAAAUUUAUCAAAAUGAUCCACCGAAUGAAUUAACUAAACAAUAUGGUUUUAUGAAAUUUGAUGAAAAUAAACUUGAUGCUACUACACGUCUUUCACAAUAUAUACGAUUAAGUCUUAAUACAAAUGCUGAAACAGUUGUUAAAUUUAUGCAACAAGGUUGGCAUUUAUCAAAACCUGAUUUAAUUAUAUCUGUAACUGGUGGAGCAAAAAGUUUUGAUAUGUCAACACGUCUUAGAAAAAUUUUUCAAAGUGGUUUAGUUGCUGCUGCUAUUACAACAAAUGCAUGGUUGAUUACAGCUGGAACAAAUGCUGGUGUUGUUAAAGAAGUUGGUGAAGCUCUUAAUAAAUAUCGUUAUAAAAACCGAAAAAAUGGUCUUAAUGUACCAUGUAUUGGUAUUGCUAGUUGGGGUUAUACUGCAGGAAAUGAACAACUUGAUUGUCAAUCUACGGAUUUUUCUAUAGAUACGAGUACUACAAGUGGAAUAUAUCCAUUUAUAAGACAUCAUCAUAAUCAAAUAAUACAGUCUGAGAAAAAUGAUCAAUAUUUGGUUCGAAAUUAUAUUGUUAAAGAUAAGCAAAAGAAACGAUGUGAUUUAGAAUCAAAUCAUACUCAUUUUUUAUUAUUUGAUGAUGGACAACCAAAGGCUGAUACUGUUCUACCAUUACGAGCAGAAAUUGAAAAAUAUUCUCGAAAUACGAGCAUAGAAACUACAACUACAGAAGAGACAAUUGAAUCACUUAUACCUAUUGUUAUGGUUUUGGUUGAAGGUGGUCCAUCAUCGAUUCGAACAAUUUGUGAAGCACUUGAUUCGAAUACGCCAGUUGUUGUUAUCAAAGAAUCAGGUCGUGCUGCUGAUCUUGUUGCUGAAUUACAUGCUUGUUAUACUGAAAAUGAAAAUGGUAAUGGUUAUCCUACACGACCACAAACCGGUUUAGUUAGAGGUAGUUCAAAAGAAACAGAGAUCAAUGCGAUUUUAACUAAAGCACAAGCUGAUAUAACAGGACUUGAUGAAGUUAAAAAUAAUCUAUGUCGAGUAUUAAAUGAACGUAAACAAUUAGUAACAAUUUUUAAGUUUGAUAGUAAACGACAUCAUGGAAAUCUUGAAGAUGCUAUUCUAGAAUCUUUAUUUAAUGCUGCAAAAUUUUCCGAUGAUCAUAAUGAACAAAAUCGUCGAACAGCAGAACUUAAAUUAGCUAUAGCUUGGCAUAAAUUUAAUUAUGCUCAAAAAUAUCUUCUUACUGAUACGACGAUAUCUAAAUGGAAAGAAGAUGAUCUUCGUCAUGCUCUUGUCGAUGCACUUCAUCGUGGUCAUGUUGAUUUUGUUGAAUUACUUAUUGAAUUUGGUACAUCACUUGAAAAAUUGACAAAUGGAGAUCUUAAACAGCUUUAUGCAACAACAUUGACUAGUAAUCGAUUACCAGUUCAAGACAAAGGAAGAAAUGUUAUAUGUACAAGAGAUGAUUUUUAUUUAGAUUAUCUUCAUUUGAUCAUAUAUAAUACAAACAAGAAUAAUAAAUUUUCACGAUUAGAUGAUAAUAUACCAUUAGGUAAAGGUGCUCCACAGGAUUUAUUUUUAUGGGCUGUUUUUCUUAAUCGAUUUGAGCUUGCAACAUAUCUUUGUUCUAAAACUUGGAAUUCAUCCAUAGCACCAUUAUUUGGUGCAUUAAUUUAUCGACGUGCAGCAAACUUAGAACUUGAUGUAGAUAUAAAACAACAAUAUGAAGAAAAUGCUGAUCAAUUCGAUACACAUGCUAUGUCAAUUAUUGAUCGAUGUUUUGAUAAUGAUGAACGUUUUGCUGUUGAUCUUCUAAAACGUCCUGCUGUUGCAUUUAAUGAUGUUUAUCCAUUACAAUUAGCACGAAAAGUUAAUUGUAGAUCAUUUCUUGCAUCAAAAUGUGUUCAAAAAUAUCUUGAUCAUCAAUGGUUUGGAUGUAUCAAUUAUAAAAGAACGGCUAUUAAUUUUCGAGUUUUUCUUUGUUCAUUAUUUUUUCCUUUACUACCAAUAUUUUGUAUCUUUUUGCCUUAUAUACAAAAACAUAAAAAAAUCAUUCAAAGUACUCGAGAUCAAUCAAAUGUCAGUCGAUCGACUAUGAUGCAUAAUGUUAUCAGUUUUGUUCUUCUUGUUGAUUAUUUUCCAUUAAAUAUCUAUAAUGAACGUCGAUCUAGUAUUCAAAAUUUACGAAUACCAAUAACUGAAAUAAUUCUUCAUAUUUGUUUUUGGAGUUUCAUUAUUGAAGAAAUGCGUCAAUUUUUAUUUGUGAAUUCAAAAAGAGAAUAUCUAUCAGAAAUAUGGAAUGUGAUUGAUAUGAUUGCAACUAUUUUAUAUCUUAUUGGUUUUAUUACACGAUUCAUUGUUCUUGAAUCAUCUUUUGUUGUAUCAAAAAUAUUCUUAUGUCUUGAUUUGAUACUUUGGUAUGUUCGUACAUUAGAACUAUUUGCUGCUUUUGAAAAAGUAGGACCAAAAUUAAUUAUGAUUUUUAAUACGAUGAAAGAUUUUCUAUUUUUUGUUUGUUUUAUUCUUAUAUUUUUUCUUGGAUAUUCAAUAUCAUCAUGGUCAUUAAUAACUACAGAUAAUCAAGCAGUUGGCCUUCAUAGUCACGAAGAUGAAAAAGGUUUAGGACAUAACCAUGCUAGGAAAGGAGAUCAUGAUCAUAGUGAUGGUCACUCAAGUGUCAAAGUCCAUGACUAUCAAUGGAAGAUGUUCGUAGCCGUCUUGAUUCUUUAUGCUUUCUAUUUGUUGGAAGUAUUUCUUCAUUCGUUCAUCCGUCACAAACACAAUCAUAGCUCGGCACGUGUAAAAGCCAAUAGCCAUAGCCAUUCUAUUCGUCACCAUGACUCUUCGAAUGCAGUCGAGAAUGGAACGAUCGACGUUGAUCUGGAACAUAGUCAUCAACAUCAUAAUUCCACUCAGUCCAAUUUAUAUCGGCAUACAGCUAGCGAAAUCAGUCAUAACUCGCAGAGUGGUUCAAAAAAUGAAGAGCAAACAAUCGCUGAGAAUCAGCAACCUAUCAACUUCGUUGCCUAUAUGGUGUUGAUUGGGGAUGGUAUUCAUAAUGUCGCUGAUGGUCUGGCCAUUGGUGCUGCAUUUAGUCAAGAUUUGCUUUUAGGUCUUACAACGACCAUUGCGGUUGCUUGUCAUGAAUUACCUCAUGAGUUAGGAGACUAUGCCAUUCUGAUUCAGUCUGGUUUUACUCAUUUUCGAGCCCUUCUUCGGAAUUUUCUGUCAUCUCUAACGGCAAUGAUCGGUUUCUUCAUCGGCGCAGCUCUUUCUACAAAUGAAAGUUCUUAUCAAUGGAUAUUUGCUAUUACAGUCGGCAUGUUUUUAUUUAUUUCGCUAGUCGAUCUGUUACCAACAUUGAUAGACAGGGACCACUUUCAAUGGAAACGAUUCAUUUGUGUCAACUGUGGCUUUUUGUUCGGUAUUCUGAUCAUGUUUUUAUUAGCUAUCUUCGAAGAAAAAAUCAUUCAAGGUUCAUUAUAA